UGUGGACCAGCAGUGCGUUGGGAAGUAUCGGGACUUAACUUUGUCUCGCCAGUGAGAUAAAUUUGCUGUCACCGUCUUGCCAGCACCUGGGGUUGUCGCCGCGUGAAAAAACGUACACUGCCAGUCCAAGGCGUAGCUGUCGUUAGAUGAAAAAAGAAGACUAAUAUUUGUGACGCAGCGGGGCGGCGUCACGACUCAUCAGCGUCACUUUUAUCAUCUCCGUUGGCGUUCAUUGACACAAGAUAUAUUGACGUCAUUCAGAGGUCGGGCACGGCGGCUCCACAGCGUCGACAGCGGCAUUCAGUGAAGACGCCCCGCCCAUCAUUGCCGCAGCAAGAUGGCGCUCGACUGUGGGACGAUGUUCGCCAAGUACCUCCUGUGUUUCUUCAACUUCGUCUUCUUCGCUGCUGGAGGAGCCGUGCUGGCUCUAAGCAUCUGGCUGGCCGUGGACAACACCUCGUUCCUGCUCCUGACGCGGGUGAGCGACAAUGAGAGUCUACAGGAGUUCAACCACCCGUCCGUCAUGGAGCACGGCGCCUACAUCCUCAUCGUGGCCGGCGGUCUCGUCUUCCUCAUCGGCUUCCUCGGCUGCUGCGGCGCCGCCAUGGAGUCCAGGACGCUUCUGACACUGUACGGCCUCAUGAUCAUUAUCAUCUUCCUGCUGGAGGUGACCGCCGGCGCCCUGGCUGCUGUGUACAAGACUGAGACGAAGGAGGAGCUGCAGAACUUCCUGAAGCACACCCUCAAGAAGUACUACUCGACCCCCGACCAGGCCAACUCCGUCACCGUCGCCUGGAACGCCGUCAUGUCCGAGGUAGGUGGACCACUUCUUUGAAUCAAGGGUAAAAAA